GUAUAUAACUCUUUUCUACCUUGCUGAUGACUGCUAGCAAUUUAAAAUUAUUUGACUAAUGCUGUUUGCUGUGACACUAGGUCGGGCCAGCGGCUUGGCUUUCCUUGAUAUUAUAUCCAGUGGGAAGAGUCAUUACAUAUUUAUCAAUGGGAAUGUUUAUAGUACUUGAUCUGAAAGGGAGAAAAUGAAGGAAAUCAUAUCCUCCAUUUUCUCUGUUUCACUUUUUGUUUACAAUUGCUUAUUCAAUGUUAGUGUGGAAUCUUCGUAGAGAGUUCCAGAUCAGAAAGGUUCACAUGGCUGUUGUUCUUAAUGGAUAUGGCAGAACUGUUGGGAUAGUAACCUUAGAAGGUGUGGUUGAGGAGAUUGUUGGAGACAUCUUUGAUGAAAAUGAUUCAAAGCAAGGGGAUGCUAAGAAAACUUGUUGAUGAAGUCCAAAACAAAUUGGUGUUAUACAUGUGCUGCUAAUUUUCUAUAGACCAAUUGAUCUAGAUGCUGCUUUAUGUCGCCGGUUUCUCGUCUCAUUUAGGUUGGCAUGUACUUUUUCUGUAUUUUCCAUGUGACCAAGGAAUUUCAUGUCACUUCUCACGUCAUGUAGAUGUAGAUAUUUCUUUACUCUAUAGGUCUCAUAUCAAUUAGUGUUACAAGGUUCACCUCUACUUGAUUCUUAAGUGAUUCAUUUAUACAUAUGUAUAAUGAUUCUCAAGUGAUUCUUAUUUUAUGCAUUGCUGCUAAUUGUAUUAACAGGAGGAGAUCCAGAAGAAAACUGGCUAUAUUGU